UGAAAAAAAGAUUUAUGUAUUUAGAGAUAAUGGCACAGGAUUUAAUUGAUAUAUUUAUCCAGAUGUAAUUUUGCAUGAUGGGAGAUUAAUAUUUACGAUUUAGAUUUAACGUUUAACAUUUAUAUUAGGGUUGUUAAAAAAUGUCAUAUCAUAUAUUGAUAUAUAUAUCAUACGAUACAAGGUUUACGAUUCAAUACCAUAUGUAUAGUACGAUACAUAAACAAACACAUUAUAGUGUAAUUAAACCCAAGCAGCACAACACUGAGAGCUGGGAAAAGCACUUGCAGUACAUAGGCGAGAAGAUCGAUGGCAAACAUCUAGUAGAUUGUACUGUAGCGGUACUCCUAGUCGAAUUUGCCAAACAACGGUGUCAUGUCCCGGUGCUACAGUAUAUCAAGUAUGUCGUUUUGUUUACGCCGACUUCACCGCGCAAAUCGGUGGGUUUGCGAGGCAGAAACAGCUGCAAGUUAUAACAGCCAUCUCUCCCAGCCGACACUGAGCAUGACAUGCACAACAAGACGCUCAAAACUAUCAAACAACUGCUUAUUAAAAAAACUGACAAUGUAAGAAACCUGUGUGUGACGAGGAGGAGGGCGUGGCCGUGAUGGAGCACGGCCGGCACUGAAUCAGCUGAUAGGCGGGAGAGCGAGAUAAGGGGUAGCCGGAGAUGCUGGUUCGAGAGAGAGAGAGACGCACGUGGCCGUGUUGUGUGUGUCUGUUUGUCUUAUGGUUUAUGUUUGUUUUAUGUUGAGGUUUGCAUUAAAACUUUAUGUUGACUGUUCAGCCGGUUCCCGCCUCCUCCUUGCCUGUCCUUUACCUGUUACAGUGGUGCCAAAACCCUGGAGGGAGGAGGGAUGCGCUGUCACGGAGUCCUCGCUGCUGCCACCCGCCAGGGGAGCAGCCACGGCUGUCUGCCUGUGGACGGAGGGGUCGCUGCCGGCUGCCGAGAGCUGGAGGAACCACGGCCAUCUGCCGAGAAGGGGAGGAGGGGUUCCAUCCACCAGGGGGCUGGAGGACUUAAUGCUGUCCGCUAGGGGAGGAGUGAGCUGGCGUCCGCCAGAGAGUAGAGGAGGACUGGGCGACAGCACGUCCGGAGCCGGCGAACAAGUUCUUCUCUCUCUCUCUCUCUCUCUCUCUCCUCUCUCUCUCUCUCGCUCUCCCUUUCCCUCUCCCCACGGCUGACAGAACAGCUGGAAGGGCUGGGGAGGAGUGUGACAAAGAGGAGGGUGUGGCCGGGCCUUGAUGGAACACGGGCAGUGCUGAAUCAGCUGAUCAGCGGGAGAGCGAGAUAAGGGGCAGCCGGAAACACCUCAUAAGAGAGAGAGAGGGACCCACGUGGCCGCGUUGCAUGUGUGUUCGUUUAUGUUUUAUGUUGUGUUUCAUCAUUAACGUUAUGUUUACUGUUCAGCCGAUUCCCGCCUCCCCCUUGCCCGUCCUUUACCUGUUACUCUGUGAUUACAUGAGACUUAUAAUUCUCUGCUUUUGACUUUGAAAUGUAAAAAGCUUUGAGAACAACACUUGCGUGCUUUGGAUACACUGGUAAUAAUGGCAGUAAAAUUUACAUGCAAAGUGAAACUGAGGGAAGAGGGAAGAACUGGGCAUGUCGGUGCCCCCCCUUCGGUGGAAUUGUAGAUGGCACGCCACCAACAUCUGACACGCCAGGCGGCUUUCUCCUCUGCAGGCGCUUCUCUGCCAGGGAAAAUUGAUCGCUUUACUGCAUCUGUUUUUCAGUGAGGGCUCUGAAUGCCACAUCGCUACUGAUGGCAUACCAAGCCAAACUGCUGGAAGAUAUGAGGAAAUCUGCGUUAUAGCGGAUUUGAACUUGCGGACCCCCCGAGGGGCAGUUCAGAGCUGCGGCUGCAGCAUGGGCCUCUCGGUGAUGGGAGAGAUGGUAUUAUGGCUGGGACUGUCGGAUCUCUCUGAAAAAGAGACACUUGACUUUCUCGAUGCCCCGGUGGAGCCUAAAGCUUUAUUUGUGGCGUCAGUCAUGGCCAUGAGGCAGCAGUGCGAUCUCCGGAAAAAAGAGGGAGAAGCAUUUGAGACAUGCCUCAUUGCACGCCCGUUUCAGCCUGCUCGCGCAAGCUUCACAGCACCUCAAAAAGGGGGACACAGCACCUCCACAAAGGAACCCCUUUGGGGGCGGUCUCUUUGAGGAAAGUGGUGACGACAGACACGUCACUCACAGGUUGGGGCGUGGUGUGCGAAGGCAGAAUAAUGAAUGGGGUUUGGCCUGAGUCACUACAAAAUGCGCACAUAAACUUUCUGGAGUUAUUUCCAGUGUUUCUAGCAUUGAAGCACUUUGUACAGUUCCUUCAAGGCCACCAGGUGUUAGUCAGUUUGGAAAACACGACAACAGUUGCAUACAUAAACAGAAAAGGGGGCGCCUGUUCGCCUUUCUGCAACACCUUUUGGAUAAGGUUAGAGCAUUCUCUGUGGUUAAGGUAUAUCUUGCAGCGAUAUCGGCAUGCCAUGUUGGGUUUGACUCGGGAACAGUUUGUCAACACCCUCUGGUGUGCAAGUUCAUGAAAGGUGCGCAGAGGUUACAUCCCAUCUCAAAACUGCUGAUUCUGCCGUGGGAUCUGUCCAUGGUUCUUUUGAGUUCAUAUAAAUUUUUCCUCAUAACAAUCAAACAAAAUAAAUGCAGUGCUGUUUAAGUUUCUUUAUUAUAGAGCUCUGCUUUUUGCCAAUGUCAGACUUAUUUAUGGUAUUUACGAUUUAAAAGACAUUUAUUUCGAAUCCUUGAAUAAGUUUGAGCGAAACAUUUGUGGGUGCUUGUAUUGUAUUGUAUCUUGAGGCUAUGCAUUGUAUCUUAUAGUGAAAUUUUAUCUUAUAGAAUAUCAUUACAUGCCUUAUAUAUACUAUAUAUAUAUACACCGAUCAGCCACAACAUUAAAACCAUCUGCCUAAUACUCUGUAGGUCCCCCUCUUGCUGCCAAAACAGCACCAACCCGAAUCUCAGAAUAGCACUGGUGUGUGUGUGUGUGUGUGUGUAUAUAUAUAUAUAUACAUACAGUGAAGGCUAUACAAUGCUUGAAAUUAAAAAUUUGAAAGAUUUCUUACAAAGGUGUACACUACAGUCUUCAAAAACAAAGGACAACUGGCUCUAACAAGGACAGAAAGAGAUGUGGAAAGCCAGAUGUACAACUAAACAAGAGGAUAAGUACAUCAGAGUCUCUAGUUUGAGAAAUAGACGCCUCACAUGUACUCGGCUGACAGCUUCAUUGAAUUCUACCCGCUCAACACCAGUUUCAUGUACAACAGUAAAGAGAAGACUCAGGGGUGCAGGCCUUAUGGGAAGAAUUGCAAAGAAAAAGCCACUUUUGAAACAGAAAAACAAAAAGAAAAGAAGCCAUCUGUUGUCAGUUACGAUGAUGCUGAUGAAGAGAAUGAAGAUGAUGAAGAUUCAGACAUAUUUGGAGGGUCUGAUAAUGAGGAAGAUGAAAUCAGAAAGGACACUGGCCUGUCAUCUUUUGCCGAUGAACUAGCAGCCAGAAUCAAGGGAGAAACUGCAAGCAAACCAGAAGUUGAUCGCACAUCAUUGUCAUCAGGUCCAUCCAUCUCACAGAAGAAGAGUAAAGCAAAGAAACAGCCAAAGCCUCAGGUGGAAGAUGAUAAGGAUAAGAUGUUCAAACCACCAAACAUGGAAGAUGAGGAAUAUUCCCCAUUUGGAGGGAAGGGUGGACUCUUUAGUGGAGGCAAAGGCCUGUUUGAUGAUGACGAUGAGGGAGAUCUGUUUUCUGAUGCACCUAAAAAUGAACCACCUAAGAAGGAACAGACUGUAAACCAAACAGAGCCCCUUAAAACAAAGAAAAUACCAACUGGCACUGUCUCCAUCUUUCCUGAAAGCAACCUGUUUAGCUCACCAAAUGAUUCAGAUUCAUUAGAAAGCAAAGACGGUAAUAGUCCAGCGAGGCCCAAAGUGCAGGGAGCUCCAAAACAUGCUUCGGUUGGUGUUGGGCUCUUUGAUGAAAAUAAUGAUGUUGACUUUUUCAGCGGGAAGACUCUUAAAAAAUCCACACGUGUUGCACAAGAGAAACAAAGGCCAAAGAAAAGAGUAGACCUGUUUGGGGGGGAUAAGGAGGAGGAUUAUGAUGAAGAUGGAGCUAUGUUCAGUGAGAAAUUCAGCACAGCUCCUCCCCAGCAUGACAAAAGAAUUGAGGGGGAAGAGGAGACCCGCCCUCCUGAGAAAAAGCUACCUGCUGGAGCCAUCUCAAUGUUUGGGCCUGGAACUAAAAAUAUACUGGUGGAGGGAUUGAAGAAACGGCAGCCUUCAACUAGUGAGGAGUCUGCAAAAUCUGAAGAGAGUGUACCUCCACCUGAAGCAGUCAAAUCUUCACCUCCCCUGAGAGCAUCAGAGAAAUCAACAAGCAAGGGCCUGUUCUCAGAUGAUGAAGACUCACAAAUAUUCCCAAGUGAGACUAAAAUUAAAUCAAAGCCUGCAACUCAAAACAAACCCAUUAAAGCUCCGCUCUCAAUAUUUGAUGAUGAAGAGGAGGAGGACCUCUUUACAUCGGCACCAAAGCCCAAUUCGGUUCAGGUCAAAAAACCAUCCCUACAACCCAAGAAACCUGUAUCAAGUGGACUCUUUAGUGAUGAUGAGGAUCAGUGGAUGAGCUCUAAGCCCAAUAAAGAAAGACCAGAGUUGAAGCCUGGCGGAAUGAAGCCUAGUGCUAGUGCCCCCUCCAGUCUACCCAGUGUCAAAGGACCACAAAAAGACAGCCUGUUUGAUGAGAAUGACGAUGAUGAUCUGUUUGCAGCCACAAAGGAGUCAAGUAAGAAGACAUCUCAGAGGGCAUCUCUUUUGUUUGAGGAUGAAGAUAAUAAUGAGGACAAAGAACCACUUUUUGGCUUCAAACCACCUGCAAAUAAAACUCCAUCUGAACCUAAGGCUUCUGGUGCUCCCUCUCUGUUUGACCCUGAGCAUGAGGGCAACUUGACCACUGCAGCAACAGAAAAGAUAGCAGAGGUGAAGAAGUCUGUGGAAUCCAUUCUGUCCUCUGAUGACAGCACUGAGAUAAAGAAGAAGCCGACAGGGGCAGUUAGUCUUUUUGGUGGCAUCGACAUAUUUGGAGACAAGCAAGAUACAAACAAAACUAAGAGCCCAGAGGAGAUUGCUGAUGGUGAAGACCUGCAGAAGGAGGGUCCACCUCCCAUGGAGAGAAAGGGGGCGAAGGCCAAGAAAACAGCACUGAGUCUUUUUGAUGAUGAUGAUGAUGAUGAUGAUGAUGAAGAUGAGAGCCCUGAUGAUAUAUUUCCUGCCCCUGAAAUAUCCAAACCAGCAGAAAAAAAUACACUUAAGGAUCAUGUGCCCCGCAUUAAGAGCACAGGUGUGUUUCAAGAUGAAGAGCUCCUUUUCAGUCACACGCAACAGAGAGACAACGAUCCGGAUGUAGACCUCUUCGCCACAUCUCCUAAACCAGCCGUGCCAUCCCAGAGCUCAGUAAAGCCUGGGGCCUCCACACUGUUUGGGGAGUAUGAUGAUGAUGAUGAUCUCUUCAGUUCAGCAAAGCCUAAAGCUCCUCCGAAAGUACCAGAGAAGCCCAGCAAACUGAAAACAGAUGACACUGACAAAUCAACACUGACGUCAAGCAAGGAGCCUUCAAGUCCUCUAAAAUCUAAAAAAACAUCUUCCAGGAUUGGAGAACUUCAAGCUAGUUUAGCUGUCAACCCUGCCAGCCUUCUGCCAGGCGCGGUUCCACAGAUUCUAGGAGCUGUCAGUGUAAUCCCUGGUCUGGCACCCUCUUCAUUCCCCGCAGCUGCCAGGCUACUGCCAGCUACUGAUACCUUCCCUAAUCGUCAGACCUCAAGUGAGGGAGGGGUGAGCUUUGAAUCUUCAGCUCAAGUGAACACUCUACAGAAUGCUAACAAGGGUCGAGCAAAGGGCGCAGGACGACGGCGACCCCAAACAAGGGCAGCAAGACACCUGGCUGCACAACAGUCUGUGGAAGCAGUUGGGGAGGAGGGUCUAGACCAGAGCUCCUCUACACAAGCUGUUGAACCAGAUAUGGCUGCUUCACUACCUACUUUUAAUCCUGUUUCAGUGCGGCCCUCAGCACUCACUAUACCUGUCACAACCCCUGCUGCAGCCAAGAGCACAGAUGUAGCAUUCAAGCCGAAGAGGUUUCUUGAUGCUGAAGAUGACCUGUUUGAUUCUGAUGAUCUCUUUGCCUCUGCAUCUGCCAUAAAGCCUCUUCCCUCAACAAAACACAAAACAAAGCGCUCUGAGGAAGGCCAUAAGAAAGCCUCCAAGACAGAGGCAGGCAAAACCCAGAAGAAAGACCUGGCCCCAUCUAUUUUUGACAGCCACGGCAAUGAUCUUUUUGCUAAAGUGAAACAGAAGCCGGUCCAGAAAGCAAAGCAGCCUGUGUCCUUCCUAGAUGAUGAAGAUGAUGAUGAUAUUUUUGGAGCAGGAAAGAGAAACAGUACAGAAAGUAAAAACUCCAAAACAGAAGUCAGCUCGACAAAACCAGACAUUUUCCAGGAUGAAGUUCAUGAACCUCCCAAAGCUCAGAAGAAAUCUAAGGACGUGUCUUUGGAUGCAAGUUUGUUUGAUGAUGAUGCUGACAUUUUUGCUGACUUGACUGGCACAACAAAGCCAAAGGAGAAGAAAGCAAAGAAGAAAGUGGAGACGAAAUCUAUAUUUGACGAUGACAUGGAUGAUAUCUUCUCGGCUGGGAGUACAAAACCAUCGGUAAAGCCGUCCCUCAAGUCAAAGAAGAACCAGAAUGCCCAGGAUCCCAGUUCAACAGCGGACACAGGCCACAGUAUUUUCGAUGAUCCCCUGAAUGUGUUUGGAGAAAACUAAGUCUGCUUCAUUGAUGUUAUUUGGAUAACUGUGUAGCAGCAAUGUUGAUGGACUAAAUGAAGGUAGACAUACUCUAACAAAUCCUAAUAGAUAACUUUUACAAGAAAACUGAGUAAAAGAUCAUGAGUCUAAUGGCUUCUAGAAAAUCAAAUGAUUGGUAAAUGAUGUAGCUGUCAUGAACUGGCAUUGUCAUCUGCAAGGGUUUUAUGUGUCUUUCAUUAGCACUUUAAAUGUGUCUGGUAAGGUAUAACGGAUGAUUUGUUUGAGACUGGAGACAUUUCUCUGAUAUUGUCAGCUGUAAAGAUUCAUUUUCAUCAUUGUGCCAUAACUCAAGCCCAUGCAUCAACACAAGUGCUCUGUCUUUUGUUCUUGAUGUUUUUAUAACUUGAUCUGUUGAAGUUUUUCUUGUGUUGCAUGUGAAAUGACUUUUGAAACUAAAGAAAAUAUAUUUUAUGAAACGUA